AUGAUCAUCGCAUUUGAUUGUAAAGGCGAAGGGCCAUACGUUGGAGUAUUUGAUGGUCCGAUACUUAAAUGGCAUGGACCAAAACUUGGUUGGAAAGAGUUUGCUAUUCCUUCGUCAAUUAAGAAAAAAGAGUUGUGUGAUGGGUCUACAAAUCCUAAUCUUGAACCAAUAUGUGGAAGGCCAUUGGGUUGGAAAUUUAACCCAAUAACUUGUGAUCUCUAUGUCGGUGAUGCUUAUUUUGGCCUUCUAAUGAUUAGACCUAAUGGUGGCAUAGCACAAACUCUAGUUACCUCAAUUGAAGGAAUCCCAUUUAAGUUUAUAAAUGGGUUAGAUAUUGAAAGUAGUACUGGAGUUAUUUAUUUUACAGAUAGUAAUACUACUUUCCAGAGAAGAUAUGCAGAUUUUUUGUCCAGAUCAAUUGAUAUUAGUGAAAGGCUAUUAAAAUAUGAUCUACAUACAAAAAACGCAUCUGUUAUAUACACAAGUUUGAUGUUUCCAAACGGAGUAGCUUUGAGCAAAAAUCAUUCUUUUCUUUUGGUGGCUGAAACAAUACGAACAAGGAUAUUGAAGUUCAAUCUUGGUACAAAUAAUUUUGAGCCUGAAGUGUUUGUUGUGCUACUUAGAGUUCCUGAUAAUAUUAAGAUGAAUCAUAAAGGAGAAUUCUGGGUAGCUUUAAAUGCAGGAAGGUUUGGAGAGAUCGAUGAUGAUGCUCCGGAUCCAAUAGGAAUUAAGUACGAUCGAGAAGGAAGAAUUUUAAAACAACUGGACGGAAAUGGUAAAGAUGUAUUUAGUUCUAUUACUGAGAUUAAUGAAGUUAACCGAACUUUAUAUAAUAUUGGUUCGGUUACAAAACCUUAUGUUGCUAUUUUAAAAUUUUAA